AUAGUUUCCACCACGUGUAUGUGUAUGUGUUUGUCUAUAUAUAGACAUGGGGAGAAAGCUGGUUUCAUCAAAGGCAAUCUUUGAAUCAGACACCAUGAGAUCUCCUGUAGUGAAAUCAUGUUGUGUUCUUUUAUUAACCCUGUUUCUGUCCCGACACUACUCAGUUUCAGCUACCAAAAAGAUAUUGAAUCCCAAAAAACCAUGCAAAAGGUUUAUCCUCUACUACCACGACAUCCUCUUCGGCGGCAAUGACGUGGCUAACGCAACGUCCGCCGCAACAGCUAAUGCGACCAAGCUCGGUAACACCGACUUUGGGAAGCUCGUGGUAUUCGAUGAUCCCAUAACAAAAGACCAGCAUCUCCUCUCUCAUCCCGUUGCAAGGGCACAAGGGUUCUACUUUUAUGAUAUGAAAACUAUCUACAAUGCUUGGUUUGCUUACACUUUGGUGUUUAACUCGAGUGAUUACAAGGGAACCCUAAACAUUAUGGGGGCGGAUAUGAUGAGGGAGAAGACGAGAGAUCUGUCAAUUGUAGGGGGGACCGGUGAUUUCUUCAUGACUAGAGGUAUUGUUACAUUUCAGACCGAUACUCAAGAGGGUACCAAAUAUUUUCGCCUUAAAAUGGAUAUUAAGUUGUAUGAAUGCUAUUAAACUAUAUGCAGACUUGCUUAGCCAUGGUCUUUUUAUUGUUUGAUGUAUUUGGAUGUAAUUUGUGCUUGCUUUGUAUACCUAUAUGUCUAUAUGUAUGCAUGUAUGUAAGUGUGUGUAUGGUACCAAAUUUGCAACCUCGAUCAAUUUUGAGGUUUUAAAGAUGUUAUCAUUUUCUUUGAUUGAAUAUAUCAUUUUAACUGUAUUUAAGUAAUAAAAUAA